GCGCGUCACUGUGUAAAAGCAUGUGAGAGGGCUGUAAUGCAGGGGUCCACAUUGCCGAAGCCUCGAGAUAAACACCUUGAUAAACACGUUCUGGUAUUUUUAAGAUCGCUCAAGGUAACCAGUUGUUUUAGAUCAGCCCAAACAAAGUGUUACCUGGAUGAUGAGGUGCUUGAUCAAUACGUGACUGGACAUCAAUAAUUUGAUUGCUCGGUUAGCUCGGAGGUAAAGUGAAGACCUCGCUGUAGAUGUUACCUUUUGCUCAGAUAUCUCUUGGUCUAGGCUGGACCGGGGUGAAUGAGCGCACCUUCAUUGCCGUGAAACCAGAUGGCGUGCAGCGGAGACUGGUGGGAGAAAUCAUGCGUCGUUUUGAGAGGAAAGGGUUCAAACUGGUGGGCGUCAAACUCAUGCAGGCAUCUGAGGAUCUUCUUAGGGAACACUACUGGGACCUGAGGAGCAAACCUUUCUUCAAGGAACUGAUCAGCUACAUGAGCUCUGGACCAAUCGUAGCAAUGGUGUGGGAGGGUUUGGACGUGGUCAAGACUGCACGUAAGAUGGUGGGCGAGACCAACCCUGCGGACUCACUGCCUGGAACCAUCCGAGGAGAUUACUGCGUGGAAGUGGGCAGGAACGUGAUCCACGGCAGCGACUCGGUGGAGAGCGCCCAGAGGGAAAUCUCUCUGUGGUUUCGUCAGAAUGAGCUUCAGUGCUGGGAGGACAUCAGCAGCCACUGGAUCUACAACUGACCGUCUACAUUUGCUGUGUGUGUGUGUGUGUGUGUGUGUGUGUGUGUGUGUGUGCGCGCUUUCCUGUAGAGAAACCAGUGUUGUUGUUUUUUUUUUAAUAUUAGCAUCAUUACAAGACAGAUCACAUCAUACCUCAAAUGGAUAUUUUUGUGGCUUUGAUAGCUUGUAGCCACACGGGAGAAAAUGUGUCAUCACGUUCUUGUUGCGUCUUUAUUUCAUAAAAUGUUUUUGUUUUUUUAAAAGUCUGAACUACAUUACUGAGGUCCGCUUCUGUUACCGUUUUCAUUGUAGUCUUUGUUUAGUCCAGAGCACUAGCUCAUGUUUACAGUUUUUAAGCAAUAAGCUUGGAAUGUCGAGCAAUAAAAGUUUGUGAUACAUAUUGCGCAUCCGGGAAUGACGAGUAAAGAGCUGCAUUUAAAUCCACCCUCAAAGGUAAUUACUAUUCAAAGUACAGGAAACACAAAUCCUCACAUAACUAUGCUAGUAAACAAAAAAAGAAUUGCUUACUAGCUCAGUUUGUUUUGGAUCAAGCUUUCUUUUUCACUUGGAAUAAGCUCCUUUCAAUUUUAGUGGUGAAAGAUCUGCCAAAAUAUACGCAUGUAGUACUAUUAUCAGCAGCACAGAUUGUUGUACCUUUAAAGGGUCACUUGGGACUACAUGAUUGUAAAAGGUAGAAGUUUUAAAAUAUGACUGUUACCAGCUUUCAGUGAGCAUAAAGCUCUGAUUGUGGUCAGGUCAAAUUCAGGAGAAACUGUACUUUAUUAAUUGUGCUAAUAUCUUUUGCUCUGUAAAGCUCACAUUCAGGCUUUUCUAAAACACUAUGAUGCUGUGUUAAUUGUACUGGAAUUGUCGAACAAUAAAUCUGAUCAGGAAAUCCUUUUAAA